GCGGCGCUGCCGCCGCCUUUUUUCAGUGGAUGAACCGCACCCCCUGUGCCGUAGCUCGCCGCUUCCUCUCACCUGUCUGUCCGGAACCCAGGUGAGCGAACAGGGAGGAGGACAGCGCUUGUGUCCGUCGCGGCGAGGAAAGCGGCUCCAGCGGCUGUGGGCGCUGCACAAUCCGAGCUGAGGGGCUGUUUACCCUGGGGUUUUGGAGCCUUCCCGGGAGUGGGGGGUGAAGAAAAUCAACUCAAGAAGAUGAAGCCUAAUAAAGGGAAGACCUGCACUAGGGAGAGAGACUAUGUGUAUGAAUUCAAUGCUGGAAAUCAACAUUUGGUGCUUACUGUCCCUCUCAAAUUCCCUGUGCAAGAGAAUAUUAGCCAUCUGCAUGGACGUCUAAUGCUUCUGCACAACCUGCCAUGCUUUAUAGAAAGUGACCUGAAGGAAUCUCUUCAUAAGUUCAUAGAAGAGGAAACUAUAAAAGAUUAUGACAGAGAAGCUGAAAUGGCUCUGGAAGCAGUGAAAUCAGGAAAAGUAGACAUAAACCAGCUGGCAGAUUCUUGGGCUAAAGCUUACAAAGAGACAACGUUAGAAUAUGCAAAACCUGAGGAAACCAGCUGGGAUGAAGAUUUUGCAGAUGUUUAUCAUGAUCUGAUACAUUCUUCAGCUUCUGAAAUGCUGUUAAACCUGGAACACAAUUAUUUUGUUAGCAUCUCAGAAUUAAUAAGUGAAAGAGAUGUGGAACUGAAGAAACUACGGGAAAGACAAGGAGCUGAAAUGGAUAAGGUGAUGCAGGAACUAGGGAAAUCGCUAACAGACCAAGAUGUAAAUUCAUUAGCAGCUCAGCACUUUGAAUCUCAGCAGGAUUUGGAGAACAAAUGGACCAAUGAAUUAAAACAGUCUACUGCUAUCCAGAAGCAGGAAUAUCAGGAAUGGGUGAUAAAGCUUCAUCAGGACCUAAAAAAUCCCAACAACAGCUCCAUCAGUGAUGAAAUUAAGGUUCAGCCCAGCCAACUGAGGGAAUCAGUAGAAGGAAAUGGAAGAAUUUAUGAAGAUCAAAGGCUGUUAGAAGAAAGUUUUACUAUUCACUUGGGAGCUCAGUUGAAGACCAUGCAUAACUUGAGGUUACUGAGAGCUGACAUGCUGGAUUUCUGCAAGCACAAGCGCAAUCAUCGCAGUGGGGUAAAGCUUCACAGGCUUCAAACCGCGAUGUCUCUCUACUCAACCUCUCUCUGUGGCCUGGUUUUGUUGGUAGAUAACCGUAUCAGUUCGUACAGUGGCAUCAAAAGAGAUUUUGCAACUGUUUGCCAAGAGUGCACAGAUUUCCAUUUUCCUGGAAUUCAAGAACAGCUUGAAAUUGUCCAGAAGGUUGUACUUAAGGCCAGAGCACAGCGUAGCAGUAAGUCGAAAAGACACCAUGGCACAGAAAACAAAAGCAGUGGAAAUGAAGACAAAUUAAAGAACACUGAGAGAAACCAGUCAAAUAUUUUGCCAGGAGAAUUCUACAUCACACGCCAUUCAAACCUCUCCGAGAUUCACGUUGCUUUCCACCUCUGUGUGGAUGAUAACGUGAGGUCUGGGAACGUGACUGCUCGGGAUCCUGCCAUCAUGGGGCUCAGGAACAUCCUCAAAGUGUGCUGCACACAUGACAUCACCACCAUCAGCAUUCCUCUCCUACUGGUGCAUGAUAUGUCAGAAGAAAUGACCAUUCCAUGGUGCUUGAAGAGGGCAGAGCUUGUCUUCAAGUGUGUCAAAGGUUUCAUGAUGGAAAUGGCCUCGUGGGAUGGAGGGAUUUCUCGGACUGUGCAAUUCUUGGUACCGCAGACAAUUUCUGAGGAAAUGUUUUACCAGCUGAGCAAUAUGCUUCCACAAAUCUUCAGAGUGUCCUCUACACUGACUCUGACCUCUAAGCACUGAAUUUUGUGCAGCAGCAAGAUUCCUCCUGGGGACAAAGGAUGAGGUUACAGAGAUCCUGGACUGGAAUGUCUCUUUUUUUCUGAGGGAUGGUGACCCUGAAGUGAUACUUGUUGCAAUCCCAAGAAUCAUGUCUCCCUCAUAAAAGGCAGGCAAGUGGUAGCAGUUGAAACAAAGCAAGAUGCAAAGAUCAGCAAAGUGUUCAUGUUGAAUUCCUCACCUUUAUCUGAAGGACAUUCAGUGUCGCUUACUGUGUGCAUUCUGCAGAAAUAUGGAGGUGUUCCUCAUACUUAAGCAGCAGAAAUAAGAGCUGAUGGUGGGAGGAAGAUCUGAGUGAGCUUCAGGCUGUUGACUUCCAAACCUGUUGUCUGAGUUUGUUCAGUGACACCUCAAAAAUCAUGAACAAUGCCAGGUGUUGGAAUAACUUGGAUUUCAUUUGUCCCAGAGGUCUUUCCAGCAUCACAGUGACCACUAAAUAGAGUGUAUUAAUGCUUCAUUUUGCUGUUAAUAAAUCAAAGAUGUGAAACAAGCACUGCACCUGCUGCACUUGGUGAAUCUUGGAAGUGUAUUGAAGCAAAAUUAAUCAAAAUAAUA